AUGGCGACAGCCCUGCGCAAUGGCCACGCUGAUGGCGGCGCAAACGGCGCCGCCCAUGGUGUGCCAACGAGCAAACGCUUCUCCGAUGUCCCUACUUCCAUCGAUGUCCCUGUCCAGGACCAGGAUGACGAGGCCGUCGAAAUCGAUCUCGAGAACCUUGACGAUCCCACUGAUCUCUGCGACCUUUUCGAGAACGAGCGCGCCGCUCGAACAUACUGGAUGUCAGUGUCGUUGGCCUACGCCAAGCAGGGCAAGAUCGACUAUGCUAUCGAGAUGCUUAUUCGAGGCGGAAAUGCCAUGCAGAACAACAACCCCAAGGAGAAGCUGAGCAUAGUCAGUUGCCUCUGCUGGAUGUAUCUCUGGAAGAGCCGAGAGGCGCCACGCGUGGCCUCGGAGGGCAUGCUGGUCUCGGAAGCAAAGACAAAGGACUAUUACCUGCAGCUCGCCACCUCCACACUCAACGAAGCGUCAAGGAUAAACCCGGCAUUCCCUCCCCUGUUCCUCGCGCGUGGAGUUCUUUUGCUGCUUCGAGCAUCUCUCCAGACUCCUUCCAAGUCUGGCCAAUCUGGAUCGGUCGAUCCUGAGAAGGCCGAGUUGCUCCGAUCGGCGCUCAAGUCCUUCGAGGAUGCGAUCCGUGUAUCGCAGGGAAAGAACAUGCUGGCCGUCAUGGGAAAGUCGAGGGCACUAUUCUCCCUAGGCAAAUUCCCUGAGGCCUUGACUGGCUACCAAGAUGUGCUGCAGAAGGCUCCAGAUCUGGUGGAUCCCGACCCGAGACUUGGCAUCGGCUGUUGUUUCUGGCAGCUGGGCUACAAAGACGACGCUCGGGCUGCCUGGGAGAGAUCCCUAGAGAUCAACCCUGACUCCAAGAUUGCCAACAUCCUGCUCGGCCUGUACUAUCUCGACGCCAGCGGGCGUGUACCGACAAACAGCCCCGAGUUUAUCCGGCUCUACAAGAAGGCCAUGACCGAGUACACGCAGAAGUCCUUCAAGCUGGACAAGAACCUCCCUCUGACCGCCGCUACCUUUGCUGGUUACUUCUUGUCGAGGAAGUCCUUCGCCAAUGUCGACUCUCUGGCUCACAAGGCCAUCCAGUACACCGACGUCAAUGCCAUUGCCAGUGACGGCUGGUAUCUCUUGGCGAGGAAGGAACACUACAAUGGCGAUGUGGACAAGGCGAGCGACUUCUACCGCCGAUCAGACGACGCGCGCGGCGGUACGGAUAGGGGCUACCUUCCGGCCAAAUUUGGCGUCGCCCAGCUAUCAGUCGUGAAAAAUGAUCUCGGCGAAGCCAAACUCAGACUCGAAAAGAUCAUCCAACAGUCUCGGAAUCACGAGGCCAUGAUCUUGCUGGGAACACUGUACGCCGAGGAGGUCUUUGCCAACCAGUAUGCUGCUGUCAAAGAAGACAAGAGCGCCGAGAUCAAGAAGGCCAUCAUGCUUCUGGAGAGUGUUCGCAAUUCUUGGAAAGAUCCCAAAAAGAGCUUCUCUGUGGACCCAUCCGUUCUUCUGAACCUGGCUCGCCUCUACGAGGUUGACCAUCCCGACAAAGCCUUGCAGUGCCUGCAGCAGGUUGAGCAACUCGAAUUGGACCAGAUCCCGCAAUCUGAGCGCCCUAAGGAGGCCGAGAACGAGGAUGGGGAUGCAGCAAAGCCGGCUCUACGGAGGCUCCUCCCUCCACAGCUGCUGAACAAUAUCGGCUGCUUCUACUCCCAGGCAGACAAACACGAGCUUGCUAGUGACAUGUUCGAGGCCGCAUUGGGAGCUUGUAUGCGCAUCCAGGAGAAGGACGAAGAGAUGGACACUGAUGCCCUCGUGACGACCAUCAGCUUCAACCUGGGUCGCAGCUAUGAAUCCAGAGGCAUGGCGGAGCAGGCCAUCGAAGUUUACGAGGGACUUCUGAAGCGCCAUGAUGACUACAUCGAUGCCAAGACCCGGCUGGCUUACAUCAAGCUGCGCAAGCAGCCCAAUAAGGAGGGCCCUGACGCAGUCGCCAAGCUCUACCAGGAGAAUCCCUCUGACCUGGAAGUUCGUGCUCUGUAUGGAUGGUACUUGAGCAAAGUGCACUCGAGAAAGCGCCCCUCCGAUGUUGCAGCAGACCCGGAGCUUCGGCACUACAAGCACACCCUACAAAAUUACGACAAACAUGACCGAUACGCCCUGGUCGGCAUGGGUAACCUGUACCUGAUGUCAGCUCGCGAAAUGCGACGGGAGACGGACCAAGAGAAGCAGAAGCGAAGCGCUGUCUAUAGCCGAGCGGUGGAAUUCUUUGACAAGGCGCUUCAGCUUGACCCCAAGAACGCGUACGCUGCUCAGGGUCUCGCCAUCGCCCUCGUCGAGGACAAGAAAGAUCACCGCAGCGCGCUUCAGAUUUUCCUGAGCGUCAAGGACACUGUCAAGGAACCCCAUGUCUAUGUCAACUUGGGUCAUAUCUAUGCCGAGCUCAGGCAAUACCAGAAGGCCAUCGAGAACUAUGAGAUUGCUCUGUCGAAGGAGGGCAAGGCCAACGAUGCCGGGAUCCUCGCCUGCCUGGGCCGGACAUGGCUCGCAAAGGGACGCACUGAGCGUGAUCUUGAUGCGCACAAGUCCGCCCUCGAAUAUGCCAGAAAGGCACUCGAGGUCGCCCCUGAACAGGUGCAUUUCAAGUUCAACGUUGCGUUUGUGCAUAUUCAAAUUGUGUCUACAAUCAUUAACCUGAAUGAGACCCAGCGGUCUGUAAAGCAGCUCAACGAGGCAGCGGAGGGCCUGGAGGACGCCAUCAAGGCGCUCGAUGAGAUUUCCACGCACCCGCAAACCCCUUAUCCCAAGCAGGAGAUCGAGCAGCGGGCCAACAUGGCACGCAACACCCUGCGCAAGCAGCUCGAGAGAGCCACAGCGAGCCAGGCGGAGUACGAGGAGAAGAACAAGGAGAAGCUGGCCGCGGCCAUGGAGAAGCGGCAGGCCGAACUCCGACGGAGAGAGGAGGAGCGCCAGGCGGCCCUGCAGAAGGAGAAGGACAGGCAGGAGAAGAUCCGCAAGGAGCGUGAGGAGAUCGCCGCUCGCGACCGGAAGCUCGCCGAGGAGAGAGCCGAGGAGGAGCGUCUGCGCAUAGAGGCCGAGAUGACGACCGACAGCGAGACGGGCGAGAAGGUCAAGCGCAAGAAGAGGCCUGCCAAGUCGAGUGGCGAACCUCGUUCCAAGGGCGGCAGGUCGCGGAGGAAGAAGACCGACGAGUCGGACGAGGGCUCCGAAGAGGAGAGGCAGCCCAAGAAGAAGCGGCGCCUCACCAAGAAGGAGAACUCCAAGUACAAGUCGGCCGAGCUCGUCUACGACAGCGACGAGGACGACGAGGACCCUCUGGAGCGGGCGGAGCGAGACCUGGAGGGCCGCGAGGACACGCCGGCCUCGGACGCGGAGGAGGCGCCCAAGGACGACGCCUCUGAGGCGGGGAUGGACGUUGACAACCGGGCCGAAGAGAGGGAAGGCGAGGACGAGGAUGAGGAGGGCGGUGCCGUGUCGCGACGACAGCAGAACAAGCGGUCGCGGCGAGGCAGGAUCCUCGAUGAGAGCGAGGAGGAGGAGGAAGAAGAGGGGGGCGCGGACGAGGGAUCACCGGCGGCGCCUGCGGACACGAGCAUGGCUGAUGCCAGCGACGACGAUGACGAAUAA